GCGGCAGCGUCCGGGUGUAGGAGCCGUGCUGAGAGAGCGGCGCGCGCUGACUCCACUUGACAGGCUAACCCACUCGCUGGCAGCCGGGCCUCCUGCUGUACAGAUGUCGUGCUCCAAGUAACGGGAAAACGCGGUCCUCCUUGCUGGCCUGCUCUGGCUCCGCAGUCGGCAAGCUCCUGAUGGACAGUGCUCAAACCCUGCAUUCUGAGUGACUUAUCUUAGAAAUAGGAACAUCUGCAGCCCGAAGCAAAGAUUAAAAAGAGAGGAAGUCAGUGCUUUAUUGAUUGUUAACACAAGAAAAUGUUUUAGCAUAAUUAAAAACGUUGCAUAAGUUUAUUAGAGUGUGUUAGGUCUUUUGUGGUCAGGCGGGGUCAUUACGAGUGACCUGCGAUAUCUGUUACCACGUGACAAAGUUCGGGCACUUCUGAGAUUACGUGUGCAUGAGAAGCGCAUGUGGAGACGACAUGGCGUCAGUGCGGAAUAGGGCGUCGUGACAGGCCUCCUCUCGAGGGUUGACCAGCGCCGGGUGGAAAGAGUGGAUAAGUCUUCCUCCUCCCACACGCCCACCAUGCCGGGAACGACGGUCACGUUUGCUUGUCGGGUGAAAUACCUGAACGAUGUGGACCCGUUCUCUUACUGCUCGCAGUACCCAGAGCCUCCACGUCCCCCUAUCCACCACUUCCAUGUGGAUCGUCCCUUGGGAGAACAGCUCCCCGCCAUCCACCGCACACUGGCAGCUCCACACAAGUUGGACGACGCUACUUUGCAAGUGUACCGCGACGGGGACUACGGCACUUACUUGGACCUCGAGUCUUCGCUGGCAGAGCAAGCCGAGGACAUCGACGGCCUCACUGACAGUAAGAAGAAUGCCAUUAUUCUUCGAACUCAACUGUCUGUCCGUGUCCAUGCUAUUAUCGAAAAACUGCUCAACUCCGAGGGCCGAGAGCUGCGCCGCGCCCUCUUCUCCCUCAAGCAGAUCUUCCAGGACGACAAGGACCUCGUUCACGCCUUCGUCCAGAAUGAUGGCCUCACUUGUCUCAUCAAGGUUGGAUCCUCGGCCGACCAGAAUUACCAGAACUACAUUCUUAGAGCCCUCGGUCAGGUGAUGCUUUACGUUGACGGCAUGAACGGCGUCAUGGAGCACCAGGAGACCAUCCAGUGGCUGUACUCGCUGAUCUCCUCCAAGUACCGCCUCGUGGUGAAGACGGCUCUCAAGCUCCUCCUCGUCUUCGUGGAGUACACGGAGUCCAACGCGCUCAAACUGAUCACUGCCAUUGAGACUGUUGACGCAUCCAGAGGUGACCCCCCCUGGUCUACCAUCAUGCGGCUUCUGGAGGGCCGCGACAGCUUGGACAUGGAGCUGCUGACUUACGCCAUGACGCUCGUCAACAAGACGCUGAACGGCAUCCCGGACCAAGACACUUACUAUGACCACACCGACUUACUGGAGGAGCAGGGCAUGGAAACACUCAUCGAGAAAUACAUGCACCGUCCAGAUAGUGAUUUGGACUUGUUGCAGCAGUUCACUAUUUAUGAAGCAGUUUUAUCAUAUGAGGACGGUGAUGAUGAAUGCCGCACUCGCACUAUUGAUCCAACCAUCAGACAAGUCCCUAGAAUAUCAUCUACAGAUAGAGAUUCGAUUGAUCGCCGCAAGUCUCGAAGACACCAUCAGUCUCCUUCACCAACCAAAAUGAAAAAGCUAUCCUCACCUGGAUUAUCACCUGUGCAAGAAAACACGCUAGGAGUCAACUUGGGAGAUAGCGGUGGCAGGCAGUCCAGCAGUGAUGAGGACCAUGUGACUAUUAUCAACAUUAAUGGUGAAUCCUUUGGUAUACCCCAGGAUGAUCUUAGUAAUGUUAAGCAUGCAGAUGCAGGAGUCACACCUGCACUGCGUCGACGUCGUGAGCGAGCUGAGCGCCAUAGAACCUUCAUCAACGAGCAGGAAAUCAUCAAUGAAAGUCGCCGUGGCUCUCAGUCAUCUGACAAUGUGGAAGAUGAAAAUCGCAAGAACAUCGAAUUAUCUGGUCUCAACAAGCAGGCUUCUUGGAUGAUGGACAUGAUGUAUGCCAAACGUGAGGAAGAUGGCACAGGUCGUAGGGAAUCUCUAACCAAUAUACAGGACAUUGCCUCAAGAAUAUCCAGCCUUCAAGACAAAGAGAAUGUUGAUAAUAAUAUGCGUAUGCCUAUUGAGAUCAAUUCAGGGGCAUCAGUUAAGGAACUCCAAGAUAAGAUGCUAAAUACUAGUUCAGGUCAACUCGCUGAUGGAGAAAAAUCUGGACGAAAGGGUGACAUUAGUGAUCGUAUCAACAAAAUCAAGGAUGGUCUCUCUAAGUCACAUUCCAAGGGAGAGAUAAAAGACAGUCCCAUUCCAGUACCAGAACCACCAAAGAAGUCAGAAAAUGACAUACAGUGGGAGCUUUUGAUGAAGCAUCUGAACAGACCUUUGCAACUCUGUGAUCUUGAUUUCUCUGACUUAAAUGCUCAGGAUGAUCAGUUGAUGUUGGAGAGCAAUAAACCAGGAUGUCCACCACCUCCACCCCCACCUGGUGGAGCACAACCUGCAGGUCCACCACCACCACCACCUCCUGCUGGGCCACCUCCUCCUCCUCCACCUGCAGGGGGACCUCCACCACCACCACCGGCACCUUUAAAGCGGCCAGGUCCUCCUCCAGCUCCAGCAGCACCUCAAGAUGGUGAUGCUCCACCACCACCACCACCUCCUCAGAAUGGUGUUGAUGGUCAGCAGGACGAAUCAAACAAGCCACACAAGACAAAGAAAACCAUUAAACUUUUCUGGAAGGAGGUGCGUGAUCCAAGAAUACCUGAGGCUACUAUAUGGGACAAGAUGGAAGACAUUCCAGUUGAUACACAAAAACUUGAGCAUCUCUUUGAAUCCAGAGCAAAGGACCUUAUAGCAAAGGAGAAACAACAAGAGCAAAAAGGCAUAAAGGAAAUUGUGGUGCUGGACCCCAAAAGAUCUAACGUCAUUAACAUUGGUAUGACUAAGCUACCACCACCACGCACAAUCAAGACAGCAAUCUUGAAAAUGGACUCCUCAAUCAUCAAUCGUGAAGGCAUUGAGAAACUCCUUACAACUAUGUUACCAACACCAGAAGAAAAGCAGAAGAUUCAGGAGGCUGCAAUAUGCAAUCCAGAGUUACCUUUAGGUUCAGCUGAACAGUUCCUUAUGAUGCUGUCAUCGAUAUCAGAGCUUCCAGCUAGAUUAAAGCUUUGGAUUUUCAAAUUAGAUUAUGAUAAUAUGGAGAAGGAAGUGGCUGAACCUCUGAUGGAUGUAAAGCAAGGCACAGAGGAUCUUAUGAAGAACCACACUUUCAAAACAAUUUUAGCUGUCCUCAGAGCCAUUGGUAACUUCCUUAAUGGCACAGAAUGCAGAGGCUUCCACAUUGAUUACCUGUCUAAAGUUCCUGAGGUUAAGGAUACUGUCCACAAACAUUCUCUCUUGCACCAUCUGUGUCACAUGGUUAUUGAGAAAUAUCCAGACACAUCUGAUCUCUAUUCAGAGAUUGGUUCUAUAACUCGUGCUUCUAAGGUUGACUUUGAAGAACUAGCAAAGAAUAUUGUCAAAAUGGAAAUAGAGUGCAAAUCAUCAUGGGACCAUCUAAAAGCCAUAGCUAAGCAUGAUGGGCCAACGCAAAUAAAGUUGAAAAUGUCUGAGUUCUUGGCUGACUGUGCAGAGAGAAUUAUUGUUUUGGGCAUUAUCUAUCGUCGUGUGAUGACCAGGUUCCAGCGGUUCCUCCUGUGGCUUGGUUUCCCACAACAUGUAUCUCAGGAAAUUAAAGUGCAGGAGGUGUGCUCAACCAUUAGUGAAUUUGCCCUUGAGUACAGAACCUGCAGAGAACGGGUAAUACAGCAGAUACAGAAGAAGGCAAACCACCGAGAGAGGAACAAGACUCGUGGCAAGAUGAUUAUGGAGGAGAUAGAGCACCGAGGCUCCCUUAAACCCUGCCUCAAGAGUCGCUCGAUGGAAAAGUUCAAGAGACCCAAACAGACAAAGGAGGAGAAAGCAGACUCGGACCUCAGGCAGCUUCUUAACUAUUCUGACGUAUCUGACACUGAAACUAUUCGUGGGAAGAGCACGUGGAGAAGGACUAGAGAAGGUAAAGCACGUAGUCGAGGUGAAGAGGCAAUGGCAGAGAUGAUGGGAGAGGGUGAUGAUGCCCUGCUUGAUUCUCUAGUGAAGACAGCUACACAAGGUCCCUCAUCUAGAACUACACCUCGGGAACGCAAGCGGUCUCGACAUGCUGACCGCAAGUCUUUCCCAGCAGCAAAUGGUCCACGACGAUCUAGAUCAAGAAAAGGUGUGCCAGACUUGUCCCACCUGGAGGCUUUGGUACUUCCCAAAUGAGAACUCCUUCGCCACAUGCCACUACCCUGGGGACACCUCGCUGCUAAAAUCUCUUGCGGCGCACCCUGAAAAAUGGACUUACAGAAGAGGAAAAACGUCUCCUUGCAAUGAUUGCCGCACAGACCCGUUGAAGCCCCAGCAAACAAGUCUUUCCAUACCAAUCAUCACCCACUCCUGCUAUUCUCAUUCUCUGGGACUUUCAUGAUAUAACAAGGGCUCGUUCUAGAGUCUUCCAUAGUAUUAGCAGAUGUUUAUGUUUAUUCUUUAGGCUGACAUCAUAAAUAUAUAGUGUUAUGUUGGUGAUAUGAUCUAGUCAGUCAGGAGUAGUGAAAAACAUCUCCAGGGUCGUCGUUCUGAUAGCUGCAUCAUGGUCAUUUUUAACAAGUAUAUUUUAGCUUCAAACAAAUGAUCCAUGCACACCAAUGUCCAUAUUUCACUAGCCUGUUUUUAAAAUGCAAUUCUCAAUUGCCUAACUCCUAAUAAUGUAGGAACCUCAUACUGCUGCACUUAUAAAAAUUUACAAACUUCCUUUGUCUUUUCAUAUUUCCGGCAGCUUUUUCUUUUCUUUUCAAGAUACUGUUUAGGUUGCAAAUGAAUUUUUAAUAUCCUAUGUAUGGCAAGUAUUUUUUCAUAUUUAGGAGUUUUAGAAACUAAUUUAAUCUGCUGUGAUGUCCUGUUGAAAAUAUUGGCUAAUGCCUUCUUUGUAAAUAGUCCUGCAUCAAGUUGUAAAGAGUGCUGUUGCCCUAUGCAGGCUUGUGCCAUGAGAUGUGUAUGCUUCUUGAAGUAUGUAAGGGUAUAUUCCCCAAAAUUUCAGUUCAUUGGACAUCACGCCUUGUAAAGACACUGUCCCCUCGUGAACAUGGCUCUUUUCAUCAUUCUUUCAAGAGGAUCUGGUUCUUUAAUUGUAAUAUUUUUGGUGAUUCACCUAAGGUCACAAACACAUCUUCAUGCUGGUCAUAGAUGACUAACAAAUUGGAAUAUUUUGGACAUGGUCUUUGCAAUUCUUAAAUAUACACAAGCUUUAUUCAAAAUUAAAACAAAAUUAGACUGCAUUAUCAUGCCCAGUUUUCAAUUUGUAAGUUUUAAUGUGUCCUAUUUGUAGCGCCCACACAUAUCCCAACUGCAUAGAUGCUUAAACUGCAUAUAUGUUUAAAGAGACUAUUAUUUCAAUAUAUAUUUUCUCUGUCUAGCAGGAAUACUCAUUUGUUAUCCUGUGUAGAUUAGCUUCAAAUAUUUUCCAGUUAUGACCUGAAGGGCAGAGAAGCAAUUAAUACUCAUUGUUUGUAGAAAUAUUGUCCUACUGUAGAUGAGGCAUAUGUGGGUUGUUGCAUAGGGGUUCGCCUUUACUGGAUGAUUAUUGAUUUAAGAUGCAUUUUCAUAAUGCAGUAAGUCAGGUUUAAAUAUAUUAUGACAUUUUAAUGUUACUUUUGAGAUUUUGAUACUCAAAAUAGUGCUUCAUGAAAUUUAAAUAAAAAAAAAGGCUGU